UCAAAUGGGUGUGUAGACUUUUCUCUUUCUAAUGGGAUUGUGUGUAGAUUUUUCCAUUACACAAGAAUCUAUGGGAAUGAGAAAGGGUAUUACAGUAAUUUUAUCAGAAUAACAUUUCGAAGGACUACAAACCUGCUGAUAAACCGAGACCUUUGGCGAUGUUUCAUCUGCUCCACCACAAUGUGACUCCCCUGUAAAUUCUCUCUCUCUCUCUCUCCCCUCUGCAACUGCAACACCUUCAUUAUCACUCUUAUUUCUUUCUUGAAAACAACACAAGACUUCCACCAAACCCAUUACUCUUACCAAAAAUAAAAGACAGACCCUACCAAAUUCGAUUAGUUCCUAAUUUCAUCAAAACCUUUUCCUUUCCAACAAAGAAAACGAACUUCUACCAAAACCCGCAUCUCCCCAUUCCCCGUUUCUUGAUUUCCACUUCAUAUCCCCACCAAGAACAACGAAAGCUUCGCCUCAACAAAUUUGUCGUGGGUAUCUCAAUAAGAAGAGAUGGCUAAAGAGCCCAACAAACUAACCAGAAACAACAGGGGAUUCUACGUGAAAAUGAGAUUCAUACACAGAAGGCAAGCGGAGAAGGCCUACUGUUACCGAUACUCCAAAUGGGUCCUCUGGUUUUCCCUCUCUUUCUACUUCCUCUCCUAUUACCUCAUCACCCACCUCAAAUCCCCAAACUCUCUCUCUAAGACCACCGUCUCUCUCUCCAAAUCCAUCCUGGCCUCCCGUGCCCUCUUUGAAUCCCCCAACAAGAAAAUCCCAUCCUCUGUUCUCGCCGGACAAUUGAAUGGUACGAGGGUUUACGUUUACGACUUGCCGUCGAGAUAUAACACGGAUUGGUUAUCCAACGAGCGGUGUUCGAACCACCUGUUUGCUUCGGAGGUGGCCAUACACAAGGCCCUGAUGAACAGCGAUGUGAGGACGAUGGACCCACUUGAAGCCGAUUUCUUCUUCGUACCGGUCUACGUUUCUUGCAAUUUCAGCACCGUUAAUGGGUUUCCGGCGAUCGGCCACGCGCGGGGCCUCAUAUCGUCCGCGGUGGAACUCAUUUCGUCGGAGUACCCGUUUUGGAACCGGUCCCGGGGCUCCGACCACGUCUUCGUCGCUUCUCACGAUUUCGGAUCUUGUUUUCACACAAUGGAGGAUGUGGCGAUUGCGGAUGGGGUGCCGGAGAUUCUGAGGAAAUCGAUUGUGUUACAGACGUUCGGAGUGAAAUAUCAGCACCCGUGUCAGGAGGUGGAGAAUGUGGUGAUUCCGCCGUAUGUCUCGCCGGAGACAGUGCGGUCAACGCUGGCAAAAUCUCCGGCGAAUGGGCGGCGAGAUAUAUUCGCGUUUUUCAGGGGCAAGAUGGAAGUGCAUCCCAAGAAUGUCAGCGGCCGGUUUUACAGCAAGCGUGUGAGGACGGUGAUAUGGGAGGGGUACGGCGGCGACCGGAGGUUUUACCUCAAGCGGCACAGAUUUCCCGGUUACCAGACAGAGAUCGUUCGCUCCGUCUUUUGUUUGUGCCCGCUGGGGUGGGCCCCGUGGAGUCCGAGACUGGUGGAAUCCGUCGUUCUGGGUUGCGUGCCGGUCAUCAUAGCCGACGGCAUCCGGCUGCCGUUCCCCUCCGCCGUGAGGUGGCCGGAGAUAUCACUCACGGUGGCAGAAGGCGACGUCGGAAAGUUGGGAUCCAUCCUCGAACACGUGGCGGCGACCAACCUCUCCGCCAUUCAGAGGAACCUCAUGGACCCCGCCGUGAGCCGGGCCCUACUCUUCAACGAUCACGUGCAGGACGGCGACGCCACGUGGCAGGUGCUCCGUGCUCUCUCCGGCAAGCUGCACCGGUCCCGCAGGCGGUCGAGGGUUUCCAGCGAAUGAGGUGUUGACACGUACGGGGUUUUGAUUGGCGGGGAAGAGUUGACAGCUGGAUAGUGGUAGACAGCUGGAAUUCAUUGGGACCUCUGACAAGUCAGAUGGGUUAGACUAGAAUAUGUAUAUGUGCACUGCAGAGAUUUGGAUCCAUGCAAUGUGGGUCCCGAUAAGGAGCAUAGGUUCAUGGCAAUGUGGGGUCCCAGUUGAGGUGGCCUACGGGAAUUGGUUGGGUUUCCGGUUGGGUGGGACAAUUGACGAUACUGUACAGGCGUAGAGGAAUAUUUUAUUUUUUGUUAAAUACUACUACUAAACAUGUGGUACGAUAUGGUAGGGUCGUCUCUUGUGAGAUGCUUUGAAAAGAGGAUUCAUUUUGUUUGUGAAACGAAAAUUACGAAAAAGGAGGAAUAGAAUUAUAAUGGUCAAAAGAAGAAUCGAUUUUUGAGCUAA